AUGCACUUCUUCCACUUUUGGCAGCAACUGGAAAGCAAGCUGCAGCAGCCUACUCCGCCACAGCCGAGCACCCUCUCACAUCAGGAACUCCCUCAAGGAAAAGUGGCUCUACACGUGGGGAGGGCUCCCGCAUGCCAGCAGAAAAGAAAGCAUGCUCCAAUUAAGCGCAGUACGGCACAACGGCUUGCCCCAAAUCAACACGCUGCUGGACCCUGCAAAACGCCAGCAGUGCUAUCCAUGGUUGGGAGGGUAGAUGGCACAAUGCGUCUGGUCCCAACCUGGCAGAGACGCCAUCGGAGAGUCAGAGAGGCAGCAAGCAGAUCCACUCAAGAGAGCCAGGCCCGCAGCAUUGCACCUGGAUAG